AUGGGUCGGAAGCUCAAGUACCACGAGGCCAAGCUCCUCCGCAAGACCGACUUCCUCACCUGGAAGCAGGACAACGGCCACCGCGAGCACGACGUCGUGCGCCGGUACUCGAUCCAGAAGCCCGAGGACUACCACCGCUACAACCGCCUCGCCGGCUCCAUCCGCCAGCUCGCGCACCGCCUGAGCCUCAUGCCGCCCGAGAGCGCCGCCCGCCGCAAGCACGAGCGCCUGCUGCUCGACAAGCUCUACGACAUGGGCCUGCUGUCCUCGACGUCCAAGCUCUCGGCCGUCGAGCACAACGUCACCGUCAGCGCCUUUGCGCGGCGCCGGCUGCCCGUCGUCAUGACGCGCCUGCACAUGGCCGAGACGGUGACGGCGGCCAUCAAGAUGAUCGAGCAGGGCCAGGUGCGCGUCGGCACCGAGGUCGUGACCGACCCGGCCUUCUUCUGCACGCGCUCGCUCGAGGACUUUGUGACGUGGUCGGUGGGCAGCAAGGUCAAGAGGAAUAUCAUGAAGUACAGGGACCAGCUGGACGACUUUGAGCUACUUCAGGCUACAGACCCGGCUGUCGAGCAUUGGGGAUUCCUCGCAGAUUCGAGGGUGAAGGGAGAGGGAGUCGGAAAGGUCCACGCCGACGCCUCCAACUUCGCGGCCGAUAUCACCAAGGAGGAGGCCUAUGAGCAGGUCCUAUCACAGGCUGGAGGACUGUUCGAUGGGCAGAGGAAUUGGGUUUGCAACCUAGCAAACACCUCCUCCCUCCUCUGGCACGCCUUCAAGUCCCUCCCCGCCCCAAGCAACCAAGUAAACUGGGCCGGCUUCUACACCCUAGACCCCCUCUCCCCGCCGGGCAAACCCCAGCUCAUACUGGGGCCCUUCCACGGCAAGGUCGCCUGCGAGGUGAUCCCCUUCACGCGGGGCGUCUGCGGCGCCGCGGCCGCCACGCAGCGGACGCAGGUCGUCGACGACGUCGACAAGUUCCCGGGCCACAUCGCCUGCGACGCGGAGAGCCGGAGCGAGAUCGUCGUCCCCAUCGUCGCCGGCGUCGACGGAGCGGACGGCGGCGGCAGCAGCAGGGUGGUGGCCAUCAUCGACGUCGACUGCGCCGUGCCCGACGGGUUCGACGACGUCGACCGCAAGUGGCUCGAGCGGCUUGCCGAGCUGGUGGGCAGGAGUUGCGACUGGCCUUGA